GUUCCUCCGGAUGUCGUCCAGUGGAGAAGCUUCGCCCUAGAACUGGCUAUGAGCAGAUUCUUGCGCUGGUCGCCUUCCAGCCGCGAGUCCUCUUGGGUAGCAUAUGCAAUAUAUGCAAUUGCUGUCAUUCCUCUGCUGGGCCAGGCCCGAGUUGCCUCUGUCCUGUCCCGCGGCUCUGCCGGCCGUCCCCACAAACCAGUGUAG